AUUUGAUAUCAGACACGUUCAUGUCUUCGAGGAAAUGUGCACGGAGCUGCCCAGUGUGAGUUUGUAGUCGCUGACCGGGCGGUCGGAGGCUCUUUUCCGGACUCCGGACGGUGUUUUCGGGGUUUUUCGGCCUCCUAUGACCGACGUUAUGUCUCCGUCCGCUGCGCCUCUGAGCUGAGAAAAGUCGAAACCAAACUGAUCGAACAUGGAGCAGCACGUCGAUGUUCAGCAUGAAGAUGAGAACCCUCCAGCUGAGCCAACAGAACCCUCCAGGAGGAUGAGCAGGAGACAGGCCCUCACUUUAAUAUCUAUGGCUUCUGUCAACUUCAGCUCCAUGAUCUGCUACUCAAUAUUGGGCCCUUUUUUCCCUGCUGAGGCAGUAAAGAAAGGAGCCAGUCAGACUGUCAUCGGUCUCAUAUUCGGCUGCUACGCCGUCUGCAAUUUGAUUGGUUCUUUGGUGCUGGGGAGAUAUAUUGUCCAAAUUGGUGCAAAGUUCAUGCUAAUUGCAGGACUUUUUGUGUCGUCAGGUUGCACCAUUAUGUUUGGGUUACUUGAUCGGGUUCCUUCAGGACCCGCGUUCAUCGCUCUGUGCUUCAUAGUGAGGUCCAUUGACGCUGUGGGUUUUGCCGGUGCGAUGACCUCCUCUUUUGCCAUGACAGCAAAAAUAUUCCCAGACAAUGUGGCAACUGUUUUGGGUAGUUUGGAGAUUUUCACAGGACUCGGUCUUAUAUUGGGGCCACCAGUUGGAGGAUGGUUCUACCAGUCAUUUGGAUACGAAGUCCCCUUUAUGCUUCUCGGAUGUUUGCUGUUGGUUAUGGUUCCUUUCAACAUUUAUGUCCUGCCAAGCAUUGAGGCAGAUCCGUCGAAGGAUUCCUUCUUUCACCUACUCGGUCACGUAAAAGUAGUCCUUAUCUGCUACGCCAUAUUCACUCUCAGCGCAGGUUUGGGCUUCCUGGAUGCCACGUUGUCGCUGUUUGCAAUCAACAAGUUUAACCUCUCGCCCGGCUACGUUGGACUCAUCAUGCUCGGUUUGUCGUUGCCGUAUUGUCUGGCGUCGCCGCUGAUGGGCUACAUCACAGAUAAAUACGCUAGUAGCAGGAUGGUGUUCAUGGUGACAGGAGCCGUCAUCACUGCCAGUGGUUUCUGUCUGCUCGGUCCCGCCCCUUUCUUAAACAUCUCCGGUCCACUUUGGUUGCUGGUCGUCAUGCUUGGUCUAAUUGGGUUUUCUCUGGGCAUGACUGCAAUCCCCACCUUCCCCGAGAUCAUCACAUAUGCAUAUGAUCAAGGAUUUGAAGAGGGGCUGAGUACUCUUGGGAUGGUGUCUGGGUUGUUUGGUGCAUUUUGGUCCCUGGGGAUGUUUUAUGGCCCGACAGUGGGCGGUCUUAUCACGCAACACCUGAGCUUUGAGUGGGCCGCUACAGUCCAAGGAGGCUUGGCGUUUUUGGCGGCCUUCUUCCUCUGUGUGUACUCUCUCUGCCAUACGCCACGACAACAAAGGAAUCGAGAAGAUAGACAGACAGAUGAAAACACUCCGCUCCUGAAUGAAUGAAUGAAUGAAGACCUCAGCUACACAUGGAAGAAGGUCUUAUUGAACAAAAUGUGAUCUUAUUGUUAAAGCUACUUGUUGGCCACACAAAUUGUUCUGUUAUAAUGUGCUUUUUAACACUUUAAAAUUAUGUAUUUUUUGUGUUCAAGAGAUUAUAAUGAUUUACUUGGGCCAUUAAACAAAACAUGUUUGUCGCCUAGUUUCAGGUAAUUGUAGUAUUGUGCUUCAGUAAAGGUUUUAGUUCUUAUCGGGUACUGCCUUGACUUUGAGUUUAAAAAGUCAAAGCAUUUCAUACUGUGGAACAACUGUGAACGUAGUUAAAUGCUGUAAAUUGCAGACACUUACAAACUAACCUUGAUCACACACUGAAUGUGGCUUUUGUUCUGAAGCUCUUCUGUAUUAAUGAUCUUUGUUUUCUACGUCACUCUCAGAUUAGUUGAGUCAGAAUCUGCUGAUCGCAUUCAAAAAAAUCUAAAGUAAGGAAACCACUACAUUACAACCAACUACAUUACAAAAGUCUUAGUGAGCCUCACAUACUGGGGAGGAUAAAGCAGAUUUCACUGCCGUUAAUGUUGUAUAUGUUUCAUAUGUUCUGUAAUGUGCCUGUUUUCUGGCUACAGAAUUUUUAAACAUUUACAGAUUUCAACGAAAAUUAUAAAUAUGUAAAUGAAAAGCA